CCUUGUUUUCACAGAGGUUUGCUGGCCGAAUGCAUGCGAGUGCGAACGCGUUUUGACGCCUUGUAACGAAGACGCGGUUUGCCGUAUCCGUCGAAUUCCGCUGCCGAGAGGGUUUCGGCAUUGUCCACUUAGCUGUCUCUUCAAGAGCCCCUCGGCAUCGCAUCAAUAAUGGCCGCCGCUAAUGACCUUGACAAUGGGGCAAAGCCGUGGACUGCUGAAGACCUUAUAGGUCACGUGCGGCUCGUCCUCCCGGACAUCACUGAAGACGUGCUCAAGUCUCUGCUGUUAUACAUCAAAUCAGCGGGCGUCACGAGUGAAGCGGACAUCGACAAGAUAGAAGCUAAGGAGCUUUCCGCGAUUGUUGGUGCCGAGAAUGCGAUUGCACUGCUGGACUACUUUAAGAAGCAAGCCUUGAUCAGCAAGAAGCCACUGUGCCAUGUGGACACGAGUCCCACGGCAGCCGCUGCUCAGCCGUCUCCCGUUGCUCCCGUCGGAGGCGUGUCCCAAGACAUGGUCCAAUUUCCCACAGCAGCCGCUGCUCAGCCGCCUGCCGUUGCUCCCGUCGGAGGCGUGUCCCAAGACAUGUUCCAACUUUUCAAGAUGGUUGUAGAAAUACAGAAGGAUGGCAAUGAGCAAAACAGGAAGACGAUGGAGAAUAUGCAAAAGAUGCAGUUGAAGACGAUGGAGGAUAUGCAAAAGACGCAGACGCAAUUCCUGGUAACCGUGAAGGAAGCUGUAGUGGAGACGUCUUCGAUGGUCAAGGACGCACUGGAGACGGUGACCAAGCAAACUACAGAGCAGGCAAGAAUGCAGCGGGAGACGUUGACGGCCAUGCAGCAGACCACGGAGGCCGCGACCAAGACGAACCAAGAGGCGAUGAGCGCGAUGCAGCUCAACAUGGCGGAGACGCGCAGGAUGAAUUCGGAGACGACCCAGUUUGUCCAUCAAAGCAUUGCCACUAUGCUAGAAGAACAGCGGAGAAGCGCCCAAGAAGUACAAAAAAUGUUGAAGCCAGCCCCCAAGGACGAUUGCGUCAUCCAAUGAUCGUACGGUGGAAGCAAAUAAACAUCGGAGACAGCA